AUGGCUGACAGCCCGCCCCCUUGCCCCACAGGUGAAACCGGCCCGGCACCCACUACGCCGCCCUGGCUGCUGGGUGCGCAGGCGCCCUCCCCGCCAGAUCGGCCCUCUGCCGAUGCCUGCCCCGUGUGCUUGUGUGACAUGUCCCCUGAGGCAGGCGGACCGGAGUCGCUUUUCGAUUGGCCCCGCUGUCACCACCAACUGCACUUGGGUUGCCUGGCGCACCUCGUCACCAACGUCAGCGGGCUUCACUGCCCUGCGUGCCGCGCGGCUUGGGACCCGCAAGCCAUCCCGGCCUUCCUUGCUGAGUGUCAGCGACAAGGUGUCACGCCGCCGCCCCCGGCUCCUGAGCACGACACCACAUCUGCGGAGCACCGCGCUGCCACAGCGCCUCCACCGCCCCAGCAUGUCCUCCCUUUGUGUUGUCCCCGCCUGAUGCUUGCUCGCCCGGAUCGGGCUUCACAUGAUUCGGCGUGGGAGGAGCUGCCUGAUCGCAAUAUGGAGUGGGCUCCCACCCUCAACCGUGCCACUGGGUCUUGGACGGCGGAAUGGCUAUGUAUGAGGUGCAAUUCUUCUUUUGACGAAAGCCAUCCUCUGUGCCAAGGGAUCUCGCACCCACCAGUGUGCCCCAUCCACGGUCAGCGCACGCUAGCUGUUGACCUCCGCGAGGGCAGUCGUGGUUGGGCAUGCUGCCGAGGUCGCCCCCUGCAAGUGUUGCCGUGUGAGACCGCCCGCAUCCCUUUGCCGCCACCAGCAGUUCCAGAUCAAACCGUUAAUCUUGCGGCACCACCGCAAGCACUAGAGGUGUGGUUCCACCAGGGACCGCCCCCCUUAGACACUUCUCUGCCCCCCACGCACAGUUGGUUCUUCGUUCCUUUGCUUCAUGCUGCGGCGCGCCGCCUUGAACCUGGUGCUGAGCGGUCGUGGGCCACGAGCGAACGUUUUGGUCGGGUUUGGCACCAAGCCCUUCACCGGCUGCAGCACGCAGGCCCUGUCCAGCCAGACUCCCUUGUCCGUGCGUUGGAUGCCCUGCAGCAGUGUGCCACUGCCGACGGGCGGGCCCCACCCCCUGCCGAGGCGAACCUCUCACAGUCCCUGGCGCAGGAAGCCGCUCGCCUACCAUCCUCAACAGUUGUGCAUUUCGUGUGGGCGUGGCAGCGCCUCACCCUGCCAGGAGGGUACAUCCCGGCGUCAGCGCAGGAGGCUCUCCUGCAAUGUUUCCUGGGGGCCGAAGCCGCUUCCUCCCUACUGCGUGGCAUUGAGGCGCCGUUCGCCCCAGCCCCCGUCGCUGCUGGACCCGACCAGCCACGUGACAGCAGCUCUGACUCCUCCAGCUCCUCUAGUUCGUCCAGCUCUUCCAGGGACGCCCAAGAGGUAGCGCCUGCCCCGCCCAGCUCCCUACCGCAACCGCCUGCCCCGACCCCUGCCCACCCCACUGCCUUUUCUGAUGCCCUGCAUGGUGCCCGGCUCCAGGCCGCCCUGGCCAGUCUCGACCCUUUCCCGGCUGAGGCGGUUCUGGAGCUCCCAUGCCACAUCAUCCGCACCCCGCCCCCGUUUUGCAAGGGACAGCUUCGGCAGGCGCUUCACUGCUCGCUCCGGCUCAUUCGAGAGGUCACCGGUCCCGCCCCCACACCUGACACGCUGGCCUCAGACACCGUGCAGCGCGCGUGGAAGCUGUGGCUGUUCCUCCCGAGGAUGCUCUUAUUUCGGCCCGGCCAGUGCCCCAAAAUCCCGAAGGCGCAGUUGCUUGAUCGCUUCACUUCCUUCUUUCGGGGGGAGUGGGCCCCACUUCUGCGCGACGCCCAGCGCCUGGCUUCGGUAUCCGCGUCCCGGGACCCGCAUGCAGACCCCACGCCACAACAACGUGCUGACCGCGCGGUGCAGCUCGCACAUCUCGGGGAGCUCUCCGCUGCGCGACAGGCGCUUACGGCCGAGCCCUUGGCGCCCGCCACCGACGCCACCCUCCAGCACCUUAUCGACCCCGCCCGGCGGCCACCUGAACCUUACCAGCCCUUGCCGCCGGAUCUACUGCAGUUCCAGCCGGAGUCCCCUGCAGUGCUGGAUCGUUCGGCCCUGUUGGCCAACCUUCGGCGUGCGCGCAAGGCAGCUGCACCAGGCCCCAGUGGUUACACUGCUGAAAUGUUGCGUGUUCUCCUUGAUGACGCUGAGUGCUCGGCCUGUUUUGCUGAUGUUUGCUCGUUGCUCGCUAGCGCGCAUCUCCCCGAGCCCGUUGCAGCGGCUGUCGCGCUCGGCCGCUUGGUUGCCAUCCGCAAGCCCUCUGGGGGCACCCGCGGACUCGUCAUCGGCGACCUCUUGCGGCGGCUGGUUGCUCGCACGCUUGCCCAACAGUUCUCCGAGCCGAUUGCUCUCGCGUGCAGCCCCCACCAAUAUGCGCUAUCCACCCGGGCAGGAGCUGAGGCGCUCAUCCACUCUCUCCAGGCCCGCAGUGAGGCCGAUCCUCAACUCACUGUGGUGUCAGUCGAUGUGAGUGCUGCAUAUGAUACGGUCAGUCGCCAGUCCAUGCUUGAGGCGCUCAGAGACACCCCGAGUCUGUCCCCUCUCUUCCCCUUCGCUCGGCUCUGGUACGCGCGCGAGUCUGCCUAUGUUUGGACAGCUGGCCCCCAGUCCCACCGAAUUGCCCAGGCCGAAGGUGGGGAACAAGGCGACCCUCUGAUGCCAGCCAUGUUCUCCCUAGGCUUCGGCCCCGCGCUCAGAGACCUGCAGGCUGAUCUCCGACCCGGGGAGCACGCCCUCGCGUACCUUGACGAUGCAUACAUCCUCGCAUCGCCGGCCAGAGCGAUCGAGCUGUACCACCGCCAAGAGCACUAUGCCUUCGCCAGGGCACACCUUCGCCUGAACCCCUCCAAAACCCGGCUGUGGAAUGCUGCAGGGGUUGCCCCUGCCGGUGUGCUUGAGCUCGCCCCGGGCGGCGAAGUCUGGGUAGGCAACCCUGCGCUCCCCGCAGCCCAGCGCGGUAUUGUCGCCCUUGGCGCCCCCAUCGGUACUCCCGAGUUUGUUGCGGCUCACCUUUGUGCACUCCUGGCGCGCCACGCGGGCUUCCUCAACGCCUUGCCAGGCCUCCAAGACACACAGGUCGCAUGGCUCCUGCUCUCUCACUGCGCCGCUCCCCGAGCACAGUAUGUUUUGCGCACACUUCCCCCGCCGCUCACACGCGCCUUCGCCGCAAGACAUGACGCCAUGGUGAGCUCUUGCUUGGACACCAUCCUGUCGGCGGACGCUGCAGUCGGGCUGCCUGACCUGGCCGUCGCCCGCGCGCAGCUACCUUUGCGGCAUGGCGGGCUUGGACUGCGCAGCGCUGCACGUCACGCACCCGCCGCCUACUGGGCAUCUUGGGCUGAUGCGAUCCGUCCCGUCCUUCACCGGGACCGCGAUUUCGCUACCACUCUUGUUGCGGCUCUGCAAUCUGGUGAGUCAGUGCCUGCUUCCCUGGAGUCGCUCCGCGACGCUCGUGCCUCCCUCGCCGCAGUUGGUUACGAGCCACCGGCCUGGCCCCAGCUCCUGGAUGCUGACCCUCCCGCCUCCGCAGAGGACGAACCUCAGCUCGACCUUACUCGUGGAUGGCAGCGCCUGGCGGCCCGGGCCGUAGAUGACUUCUGCCACCGCGCACUCCUGCGUGAGCUCGACCCGUCCUCCAUCGCCUUGCUGGAGUCACAGGCCGGCCCAUUUGCUGCCAGGGUACUCACAGCGCGCCCCACAUCCCCGGAGUUGACGCUCGACUCCCCCUCUUCCGGGUGUUUGUUCUCCGUCGCCUGA